GCGGGAGAGGCGGAUGUCAUGUUGUCUCCCCGCCGGAGAGGGAGCCGUGGUUGCUCCUCGCCGGCAGCGGAGGUAAGGCAGCUGUCCCCGGCGGCCCCGCUAUGGAGGAGACCAGCGGUUUCCGCCUUUCGGCCGAGUGCCUGGACGAGCCGCCCAACAGCCGCGUGUUCGUGGUGCUGGGCAAGGACACCAGCGAGGCGCUGAUUCGGGAACGCUUCUCCCCCUUCGGGGAUAUCCAGAACAUCUGGCUGCUGCGGGACAAGCGCACCAACGAGUCCCGCGGCAUCGCCUUCAUCAAGUUUGCCCGCAGCUCGCAGGCCUGCCGGGCUAUGGAGGAGAUGCACGGCCGCAGCCUGGUCCCAGACACCAAACCCAUUAAGGUGUUCAUUGCACAGUCAAGAGCUUCUGGAAGCCACCGAGAUGUUGAAGAUGAGGAGCUUACACGAAUCUUUGUUAUGAUACCAAAAACCUACACGGAAGAAGAUCUGCGGGAAAAGUUUAAGAUGUAUGGAGACAUUGAAUAUUGCAGCAUUAUCAAAAACAAGACUACUGGAGAAAGUAAAGGUUUGGGCUAUGUGAGAUAUUUAAAACCAUCACAAGCUGCUCAAGCAAUUGAAGAAUGUGAUCGAAGCUACAGGGCCAUUUUGGCUGAACCUAAAAAUAAGUCAUCCGAGUCCUUUGAACAUGAGUAUUAUAACAGUAACACGAGGCAAGAACCAAGAGGAAAUAUGCUUCCAUUUUGCGGGCAGCCAGAGUUUUGUAGCUUUGAAAAAAAUGAAAGCAGAAUUCAAGAGUCGGUCUCCAAACGUCUGUCAGUGGUAUCACGGCUUCCCUUGAUCCAAGAGCAGCUGUUUGCCCUUUUUGAUCUAGUCCCAGGACUGGAAUACUGUGAUGUUCAGCGAGAUCCUCAUACCAAUAGUGGAUAUGCUGUGAUUCAGUACAGUACUGCUGCAUCAGCUAUAUACGCCAAGUAUAAAUUACACGGGUUUGAGUAUCCUCCUGGAAAUCGAUUAACUGUCAUUUUUCUAGAAGAUGGGAGUGAUAGCUCAGAUCUCAUCAGAAAAAUGGCAACACAGCUGGUAACAGCACAUGUGUCAUCAGUGUUGCGGAAUAACAAUGCAAUUGUUCAGCAGUAUAGGACACCUCCUCAGGCCUUUGGAGGAACUUCUGGUUCACCGUUACUUCAGCCCCAAACAGAUGCUGUACUCCCACCACACAAAAAAAAAGUUCCACCUGAUACUUGUGUGAAGGAAAGGCUUUUCAUACUUUUUCAUCCUCAUCCUUUACCUGUAAAUGUAUUGGAGGAUGUGUUCUGUCGUUUUGGACACUUGAUAAAAGUUUACCUUGUGGCUGGGAAAAAUGUGGGCUAUGCAAAAUUUGCAGACAGAGCAAGCGCCAGUGAUGCCAUAACUGCAUUACAUGGCAAGAUUGUGAAUGGUGUCAGGCUCAAAGUAAGAUUGGCAGACUCCCCUACAGAAGAAUCUAACAAACGUCAGAGAACUUACUGAGCAGAAACUAGAUAAUGACAUGACCCUCAGCUAGCUGACUGACUGAAAACGUGACUAGACAUGGUUCCUGUGGACAGUGACUCCUUUUUAAAUUUUUACUUAGUUGAUAAUCUCUUUAUAUAUCUAGUAAUUUCCAAUUUUGAAAAUGCAGACAUACAGUUCUGAAAAUUAUCUAGGCCUUAAAAAUUGUAAAAUGAUGGUUGUUCUUGUUGUAGACUAUAAUCUUGUAUUACAGAAAUCUCUCUCAUGUUUAAAUUUGUUCUCUAAAAAUGGAAAUUAGAAUGAUGGGGGAAAUAAAGUAGUCAGCAUUUUGUGACUUGACUAGUUAAUUGAUAAUUGAUAAUGAUUCAGAUUAUAACUGUUAAUAUAAAAGACAUUUCAUGUGGUCCAAACUGCAUUAAGUACAAUAGUAAAUCUAAAGCAAAUUAAAUAACUGGUUCAAAAACUGCUGACAAACCCGACACUGUUAAGCUAGAUUCAAGAAACAGCUGUAAUCAAGAAAAGGAUUCAAGUACUUUCUUAGAUAUUUGUUGAUUUGGGCCAAAAAGUAUUAAUUACGCUUUAAUGCUGUUUAACGCAAAGGACAUUUGACUGUGGGUCAGACUACCAGAACUCCUUGUAUUUAUCCUUUCUUAUCCUGAGGUCUUUUGGUUGUAACUGUGGGAGAAGUAUGGCAUUUGAGUGUGGGAGGGUUUUUUUGUUUUUUGGUUUGUGUUUUUUUUUGUUGUUGUUUUGUUGUUGUUAUUGUUUUUUAAGAAGCUUUCAGUGCAUGUUUAAAUAAAAAUUGGACAAUUCAGCAACUUGGCAGGAUGAAGAGGAUUUCGGUUUUGAUGAAGAGUAAAUGAAGAUAGUUUGAAUAAGUUGUACAGAUAAUCUUUAAAUGCCAAGUACUCUUCCAUGUAUUCCUGGAUACUGCUUGUUGAAUUGAAAAUACUGUGGUUAUUAAAAUAAUUUAUAC